CGCUCUCUUCAUCUUCAUCCGUCUCGCUGCAGCUCAUGGCGAUCAUGGGGCCGGGCCUGCACCAGGAGAGACGGUCCAACAGUACGCGCAGAGACACAUGGCGUCGGAACACCACAUCGACUCGUUCGACCCGCCCAGUUUCUUCCAGCUCCACGAUCUGAAUAGAGACGGCAUCUGGGACCGCGAAGAAAUCGAAGCGAUAUAUGGCGUGCAUCACAUUUAUUCACAAAAGAAAUCCAAGGAUGACAUCGAGCACCAGAAGAAGGCAGACCAUAUCGUCAACACCGUCCUUGGGACUAUUGACAAGGACAAGGACGGGAAGAUCACACAGGACGAAUUCGUGAGCGUUGGCCUUGAUGGGCUCCCGAAUUUUGACAACCUCGGCGCGGAGGGACACCACUAUGACGUCGAGAGCGAAUUCUUCCUGCACCACGAAGAGGAAUUCCACGCCACGCCCGAAACCCAAACCGAUGAGUCAUACACACAUCCUGAGGACCUCGAGCACUUCGCAGCGCACGAGUCCAUCGAGCGCGAAGAGGCCGCGCGUGAGGCACGCUUCCAGGGCAUAUCGGUCGAGGAGGCGCUCGAGCAGCACGAGCAGCACGACGAGCCGCAAGCACAGGUACCAGUGCAAGUCCCUGUGGGACAGCAGGAGGGCGAGGUGCAGCCAGACGCGCCGUCUGCGAACCUGCCCAAAUACACGCGCAGCAAGCCCGAUAGCGAUGACCCCGCGGUACGGUAUCAGAGCGCGAAGGCGGGAGGACAGUGGGGCGAGGGUGACGCGGGCUACAAGCCGCCCAAAUCUCCGUCCGAUCGGUUGAAGAAGAACGUUCCGUACAAGUACAAGUUCCGCCGAACCUGGGGCGACUUCUGAACCCGCGUCUCGCUUUUGCGUGCUGACACCCGUUUCGCGUAUUGAUUAUUGGUUUCAUCGGAUAUUUAUGUGCGCCUUAAGGCGCAGGACUGGGGACAUAAUCUCGCGAGAAUUUACUCGCAGCCAUAUCUAUCUUCCGGCGUGAGACCCGCGGUGUCUUGCUAGCAAUGGAAGGGGAACUCGUGUCAAGAUUGACCGUGUAUGUCACAGAAGCGUGCUGAGGGUGACCGUGCAGCGUAAGCUUUGGUUACGGCCCGCUUUGCUAACCACGCUUGUGUCAAUAUCCCGCUCAUGAGGUUAGCAGUUACACGCAUUUUCACUCAUACAAUCAAUCGAAGCAUCAGUUUCUGCGGUCGAUAAUC